ACAAACGUAUUGCAUCAGCUGAUAACAUGAUGUAUAUAUAAACAACGAUUUCGCAUUGCAACACCACUUCAACAAAAUGUAGGCUGCUAGAGAAAACCACGAUAGAUUUGUGCUUAGAAAUGGAACCUAGGUGAAAUCCAGACGGAACAGAGAAGGCGAGAAAAUGACGAACUCAAUACAAAAUGAAAAUAUGAACCACAACGUCUCCAUGAUGCGACGGCAGAAAAAACGGAGUGUACGGAGUAAUUUUAACGGGUUCCACCCUCGGCGUCCCCCGAAGUGCGGGCAGGACGGGUGUUGUGUUCUUCGCUGCUGGCCAAGCGAGGGUUAGGCAUCGAAACAAGCACAACAAAUCCCGAUUCCAAGCCCAAAAUACGCAAGGAGCACAGACUAUAAACACACAUCAUACGCAUUGCAACAUCUACAUCGGAGAGAAUUUCGCUACCAAGUUGCAGGCGGCUUUUCAGUUUGAGAAAUCCCUCCGGCAGAUUGAUCCUGAAGACGGAUUUGUGCAGUGCAAGUUUGAUCCUUUCAGACGGUACCAGGAGAUGAAUUUGUCCGGCAUGGCAGCGAGGAUGAAGGAGUGCCCCAAUGCUGGUGGUGAUUCAGUCGAGUCAGAGGUAUUGAGUUUGGAGUUGCUCCAUCGGUGCUUCGGGGCCAAGCUGUUGAAGACCGAGAUGGAGGUGCAGUACUUCCCGUACGGGGGCUCCAUCGUCGACUACACCUGCGAGAUGUUUGGGGUCAGUUUGGGCGUGUCCGUUACCAGGGCGAUGAAGUACAAGGGAGAGUUUGAGAAGGAGGACGCAGAGAAGUUGUUGGGCAAGAAGUUGAGGGGUAUCAUGAAUGCUACCCAGAAUGCAUUGGAUAAAUGGUCCAAGCAGAUCCUCCACAUCUGGGCGACCUCCACCAAGGUCGCUGACGUCUUGACCUCCGUUUACCAUGACCUUUCGCCUCAGUUGAGGACCAAUACCGUUGUAUUGGUUACCAUAGUAACCACUCCCCAGCAUUCCUUGUUCAAGAACUCAAGAUGACCCUAGCUGUCAAUAGAAGUUUAGAUAUUUUUGUAUGGAAAUCUUGUAUUUGUAUUCAUGAAAUACAGUCUGUCUUUCAUUUCAAAAGUAUAAUUGAAUUUAUGUUCAAACCCCAUCGCAAUAUUGAAUACUUUUAUGUUUUAUAUAUACUUUUUAUCUGAAUUUCUAAAGAAAUACUUUUGUUAUGCAACCUCUAUUGAAAGCUGAAUAUUCUAUAAUGGACAACCAGUGGCGUGCCUAGGAUUUUCCACAGGGGGAGCAAAUUCGUCUGCCAAAAAAAUAAAAAUUUGACGAGCAAAAAAAAAAAAAAAAAAGGUCUUCAACCACAAAUAAAGGAUUUCGUACCAGAAAAAAAUUUGACAAGAAAAAAAAAAGGUCUUCAAGACUCGUCAGGGGGGCAGGGGUGUGUCCCUUGCAUGGGUUGUGACUCGUCAGGGGGGGGGGGGCAAUCUGCCCCCUCUGCCCCCCCCCCCCGUAGGUACGCUAGUGUGGACAACUCACCAUGCUUUUCUUUUUCUACAAUUUUAUGCAGUAUUUUCUAUCACCAAAUAUGUUUCAACUCAAGUGUGCGAUGCAUGUAUGCUGAGGUCUGUACUAAAUGCAAGCGAUGCUCUACAAGUAAAAAUUAUGCAGUUAACAUAGUUAGCUAAAUUCAAAAUAGUUUAGUUCUCAAUAAUCUAUCAAAAUUUUCCAACUCACUUGUGAAGUUAACUGAAAGCUAAUGAAGUCAGCUUAGAAAUAAAUCAUCAAGAACUUGUACUUAAAUAUGACGAGAAAGAGACUGAGAGAGAGAGAGAGAGAAGGGAGAUAGAGAUAUUGAGUAGAGAGAAAAUGUAGUUAGGGAGGUGCUAGUAAUUAAGUCAUAGAAAAACCUUAUGUGUCGCAAGCAAUAUAUUUAUUGUAAUUUAUCUGCCAGAGUGCAUUAACUGUGUGUAUUUAGUUUCAUAACUUUGUAUUUUUAUGCUAUAUAACUUGAUAUGAAACAUUUCUUCACUUCAUAAAAAAUAUAUCAAAGAACCAAAUGUGAGGAAUAGAUCAAUGAAAUUCAUAUUUUUAUAGUUUUUGUAAAUAAAAAUUGCUUCAUAAGCACUAUCUAAUGUUAUAAAAAAAAUAUGGAAAAUAUAUUCAUGUGUUCCAAGAGCAGAAAUAAGAAAAAAAUACACAGGUUAUUAUCUAAUCAACAGAUAUUUCAUAAAAUUCAUAAAUGUUUCCUGAUUUGAUAUGAAAAAAAAAAUAAACAUAAGAUUUUGUUUUAUUACUUAUUUAAGAAAUCAUCAUUCCAAUUUUGAAAAAUUAUACCAUCGUCAGUAAUAGUUGUUUUGGUUCAACCUGAGCAUAUAAAAAAAAGUCAGCAAGUUUAUAUCGACAUUUGGUUUGCCAAUAUAUGAGGAUGUCCAUGAACUAUGGAAAAAAAUUAUCAUCAAGAUACAGCACUUUAAACUAUAUUUGUAAAUUCCAUUAAUUACUUAGGGAAGGCUGAAUAUUAAAAGGUAAACAACAAUUAA